AUGUCGCAUACACUAUCCCAAAAGUAUCUCAGUACGCGGGGUGGCUCCUACGGACUCACAUUCGAGGAAGCUGUCCUGAAAGGUCUGGCCUCAGAUGGCGGCCUUUUCAUCCCCGAGGAAAUCCCUUCCCUCCCCGCCGGAUGGGAGACGGAGUGGCGCGAUUUGAGCUUCGAGGAACUCGCAUUCAAGAUUAUGUCUCUGUAUGUCUCUCCAUCUGAGAUACCCGCCGAAGACCUCAAGGGCAUCAUCAACCGCUCGUACUCGACUUUCCGCCACCCCGAACGUACCCCCGUGGUCGAGCUUGACCCGAAACAGAACCUGUACCUUCUAGAGCUAUUCCAUGGCCCUACAUUCGCUUUCAAAGACGUUGCACUUCAAUUUCUUGGGAAUCUUUUUGAGUACUUUCUUGUGCGCAAGAACAAGGGCAAGGAGGGCAAGGACAGACACCACCUUACUAUCGUCGGAGCAACUUCAGGUGACACAGGAAGUGCAGCAAUCUAUGGGGUUCGAGGCAAGAAGGACGUCUCUGUUUUCAUGAUGUUCCCUACCGGAAAGGUGUCGCCUAUUCAACAAGCUCAAAUGACGACUGUGCUCGACCCUAAUGUUCACAACCUCACCGUUGAGGGCUCUUUCGAUGACUGCCAGGAUAUCGUCAAAGCCCUCUUUGCGGAUCCCGAUAUCAACUCCACGCAUAACCUUGCUGCCGUCAAUAGUAUUAACUGGUCUCGCGUAAUGGCGCAGGCAACCUACUACUUCUACUCAUACUUUUCCGUUCUAAAUAAAACUGGCUCCGAUGGCUCGAAGGUUCGCUUUGUCGUGCCCUCUGGCAAUUUCGGAGACAUUCUCGCUGGUUGGUUCGCCAAGCAGAUGGGUCUCCCUGCAGAGAAACUUGUCAUCGCUACAAACGAGAACGACAUCCUCGAUCGUUUCUUCCGUUCUGGCGGUCAAUACACCAAGGGCGACUCCCAGGGCAGUGGCGUCAAGGAGACGCAUAGCCCCGCCAUGGACAUCCUAGUUAGCAGUAACUUUGAGCGUCUCCUCUGGUUCCUAUCAUUCAGGUCAAUCACAUCUGGCUCUGUGGACGAGCGACGCAAGCAAGCUUCCGAAAGCGUCAGCCAAUGGCUCACCCAGUUGAAGACCGAUGGUGGUUUCACCGUUCCCCCAGCCGUCGUCGAAGGCGCGAAGGCCGAAUUUGAGAGCGAGCGCGUCAGCAACGACGAAACUAUUGCCCAGAUCCGGACAACCUACAAUUCCUCUUUCCCACAAAACCUUACUCCAGGCAGCGCCACCUCCUCCAAGACGGGGGGUUACAUCCUCGACCCUCACUCAGCUGUUGGAGUUGCCGCGUCUUUGCGCUCUAUCCAGCGCAACUCCAACACGAAACACAUCUCGCUCUCAACUGCCCACCCCGCGAAGUUCGCUAGCGCUGUUGACCUAGCUCUUCGUGCAGAGGAUGGCUAUGAUUUCACGGAAGUCUUACCCCAGGAAUUCAUUGGCCUUGAGCAGCGUGAGAGCAGGGUCACACCUGUCCGUGCUGGUUCCGGGUGGCAAGGAGUGCGCGAGAUUGUCAAGACUGAGGUUGAGCAGGAGCUUGAGGGACGGCGCUAG